AUGAACAACAGCUCUAUUGUCAGUCUUGUAAAAGCCAACCUAGCCCAACAACAGCUGUGGGAUUUCGUUGAGGAGUCUCAACUGAACGAUUUGGACGCUUGGGUGAUCAGCGGAGUUCCUCCUCAUAAACUGAGCAACGAUGACAAAGACUUAGAGCGCGAGUGGAUUUUGCCCGUAGACCUGAAACAGUAUAGUGCGAGCGAUUUGACAUUAGAGAUUGCGGAUAAAUUAUUUGCAGAGCUGAUUUGUAGAAGAAUUAUUUUGGGUAUUGCCAAUGAUGACGGAACUGUGGUGUAUUAUUUUAUGUACAAAGGCCUUCACAAACCAAAAAAGAAUUAA